GCAUCUUAAAACACAGAUGACUAAUUUGCCUCUCUCAGCUGACAGGGAGUGAGCCCGAGGGCGGGGCCUGGAUGAUUGGAAGCGGCCGCACCUGCGCUACUGCCUACUAAAAGCCUCCAGUUCCAACUACCACUCUCUCUCGGCACCCAGGCAUCCACGCUGCUGUCUUUUUUCUUUGUUUUGGACUUCUUGAGAUGUAACAUGCAACACGCAUACACCACAUUACAAUCAUCCAACACCCGUUCUCACUACACCACUGAUUACUGAUAAAUCCCAUCCACCCACUAGUCUAGUUUUGUCUAUGGAUUGGUUGCUAAUAAUAAAUCAAAGAAACGCUGAUUACACGUCUCUGUCCCCAUUUUUUGUCAUGGACUUGUGUUAGUCCAUGACAAAUGGGGGCUCGUCAAAUUAGCCAGAUUUUUGUUGGGUUUUUUUGUUGAUCGACGCAGCGUGCCUGGGUUGCCGGUGAGCAUUUUUUAUUCUCUCUUUCCCUUGCCUUUUGCGUCUUUUGGUGGGGGCUGGAGGCGUGUGCGGUCGAUUGAAUUAUUUCAAUUAGGGCGUUUUUCCGUCGGUGUUUCCCAUUACUGCGUAUCCAUAGACCCGCGGGUGCCUUCCCUGGUAGGCAUAGGAGAUGCCCUUGGGCGUCUCAUUUUUUUUGUUUUUGUGACGGUGAAGGCGGGUAGUAGCGUCUUGUCUCGGGAGCACGUCCAGAGUCGCGAGGUGGCAUAGUUGUCUCUCGUACUCUUGGGUUCAGGUGCGUAACAACCCCCCGUCACUAACCGUCUGAAGACUAGGAUCUACUUAGCACAGUCUAUGUAUCCCAUGGUUAGGAAGAUGGGAUUGUUACUCGCGGGUUCUUAGGGAUAACAGUAUUAAUUUGUUAAACCCGAUGGUCGUGGUCCCACGUUUUUUCAUUGAUUAGUGGUGGAAUCAAGGCAAUGUCUGAAGUUGAGGAAUUCAUUGAAACUCCUACCGAGGAGGCGUUUGGGAAAUUAUCAAAAGCCCAGUUAAUUACAGUUGCAGAACAUUAUGAGGUAUCCCUGACAAGUAAUGACAAGAGGAACAAACAGAUGUUGAAAAUAUUGCUGAGGGAGGCGCUGGUUAAGAAAGAGCUUAUGUCGCCAGCCACUGACCUAGAAUUUAAUUUAACCCUUUCGUUUGAACAGCAGAAGGAACUCCUACUCCUCCAGCUGGACAAGAGUAGGCAUCAGCUCCAAGAGCAACAGGUACUCGCCGAAAAAUGUAAAUUUGAGCGUGAGAUUGAACUUGGGAAGCAGGAACUGGAACGAGAAAGGCUGGCUAUUGAGCGUAAACGCUUAGCAUUGAUUGAAGAAGGCAAAAUUGGUUCUAGCCCGAGCCACCCUGAUAUUACAAAAAAUAUCAGACUGCUUCCCAAGUUCGACGAGGCCGACGUCGACACUUUUUUCAACCUGUUUGAGCGAGUAGCGGAUUUGUAUAGUUGGGAGGACACGACUCGCUGUCUGCUGCUGCAGUGUGCGCUGGUUGGUCGAGCCGCGCAGGCAUAUUCGGCUCUGGGCACGGAGGAGAGUCGUAAAUAUGCGUCCGUGAAGAGAGCCGUUUUGAAAGCUUAUGAAUUGGUACCAGAAGCCUAUCGUCAGAAAUUCCGAGGUCUACUGGAUGGAGAGGUGCUGGUGGGCGUGCGCCCUGCCCUCCCACUGCAUGGCGUCUCCAUGAUCCUUGGCAAUGGAUUGGCCAAGUCAUUGGUUUGGCCUGAUGUACCGGCUAACCAGGAUGGUGAGUGUAGUUGGGAGCCUAAUUUGUUACCAUUUUGUGAUGAAGAUAGUGAUGACAUUUUUCACUUUGUAUCUCCCGCGACAAUUGUUACGCGCGCUGCAGCGCGCGCUGAGAGGGAUCGCUUAGAUCUCGGGAAACCACUAGUGCCGCUCUCCCAUUUGCACCACUCUCUCACACGUGAGCAGUUGUUAACAGCACAGAUGAAUGACUCUUCAUUACGGCCCUUAUUCGAUAAAGUGAAAGAUAUACAGGAUUCUGGGCACCCUCAUGGUUAUUUCGUGAAUAAUGGGAUUCUUUUGCGUAAAUAUCUCAAACCCCGUGGCAUUGAACCCAUUUGGCAAGUGGUGGUGCCUGGCUCCCUUCGCGAAAUGGUGUUAACCACAGCACACGAUGAAACGGGGCAUAUGGGAAUUAAAAAGACAUAUGAUCGGAUUGUCCGUCAUUGCUAUUGGCCACGAGUUAAGAGGGCUGUUACUUCCCACGUCAAAACCUGUCACGUAUGUCAAUUAACUGGCAAGCCUAACCAAGUGCCCAAACCGGUGCCCCUUCGACCGAUAGUACCCGCGCCUAAACCUUUCGAGCACCUGGUAGUUGAUUGCGUUGGGCCGCUGCCUCGUUCCAAGUCCGGCUGCUUGUACCUGCUCACCGUCAUGUGUCAGACUACGCGCUACCCUGCCGCCUAUCCACUGCGCUCAAUCACUGUCAAGCCAGUGGUAAAAGCCCUUUCUCAGUUCAUAUCCAUUUUUGGAUUACCAAAAAUAAUCCAGACCGACCGAGGUUCGAACUUUACGUCUAAAAUGUUCUCCCAAGUACUUCGGGUAUUAAAAGUGACGCACAAUACCUCCUCUGCGAGACAUCCGCAAAGCCAAGGAGUGUUGGAGCGUUUCCACCAGACGUACAAGUCAAUGUUAAGGUCGUACUGUGUCGAGCUGGGUGGAGACUGGGAGGAGGGCCUUCCCUGGUUGCUUUUAGCAAUCAGAGAAGUAACUCAGACAAGCACAGGAUUUAGUCCUAACGAAUUAGUGUUCGGACACACGGUGAGAGGACAAGUUUCGUCCCUAUUUGACGGUUGUUUAAGUAAUGAGCCGCCUCAGACAUUGACCGAUUAUGUGAACGGAUUUAGGCGACGCCUGUUCAUGGCAGGCAGAUUGGCUAUGGAACAGCUGAGGAAGUCGCAAAGAAAGAUGAAGCAAGUGUACGAUCGAAAGACAGAGUUGCGUUCUUUCAAGACUGGUGAUUUGGUGAUGGUUCUCCUGCCGGUGGUGAGCUCUCCAUUUCAGGCUCGUUACGCUGGUCCAUACAAAAUCCUCCGGUGCUACAGGAACGAUAAUUACGUAGUGGCUACGCCUGACCGAAAGAGACGUACCCAGCGGUGCCAUGCCAAUCUCCUUAAACUCUACCAUAGCCGUGACCGUGACACUCAACGUAGGGACACUCCCAACCCGGCUCUUGACACCCCUGCGCUAACCACGGAGAGUAAUUUUGACAGGUCACCGUCCUGCAUGGUCUCGUGCGUUGCUCCUCCUCCAGCGGUGGCAGCGCUGGAGGAGCCGCCGGUCUGUGAACCCGACGAUGCCGUGCUUCUUGGUAAAUUAAAUAAUUCCGAGUCGUUAGCAAAUUUGCCUCUAUUGUUGAGCCAUUUGACACCGGAACAGGCGGCAGAAUUGGGAGCGUUGAUUAAAGAAUUCCCGUCGCUGUUUUCGGAUACCCCUACUCAGACAGAUUUAAUUAGCCAUGACAUUGAUGUCGGCAACGCGCCCCCGGUACGGCAACGUUUCUACAGGGUGUCGGGUGAGCGGCGGCAGUUAUUGGAGAACGAGGUACGAUACCUAAUGGAUAACGACUUGGCCGAAAGAUCCUAUUCGAGCUGGACCAGUCCUUGCAUACUGGUGAAAAAGGCAAAUGGCAGCAAUCGAUUUUGUACUGAUUAUCGAAAAUUAAACAGUGUUACUAAACCUGAUUCAUUUCCCCUUCCGCGCAUGGAGGAUUGUGUGGACCAGGUCGGUUCAGCCAAAUUUGUAACCAAGAUUGAUUUACUAAAAGGCUAUUGGCAGAUCCCAUUGACACAACGUGCCCGCGAGGUGUCCUCGUUCGUUACCCCCAGUGGCCUAUAUUCAUACAAGGUGAUGCCAUUUGGCUUGAGAAAUGCCGCAGCCACAUUUCAAAGAUUGAUGAAUCAGGUGGUGGCCAACUUGGAUGGUUGCGCUGUUUACCUGGACGACGCUGUUACGUACAGUGAUACUUGGACCUCCCACCUCGACCGCCUACGGCAGCUGUUCAGCCGCCUUGCCCAAGCUAAACUCACCGUCAACCUGGCGAAGUGUGAGUUCGCCAGGGCGACGGUGACUUAUUUGGGCAAGGUGGUUGGUCAGGGGUCGGUUCGACCAGUGAGAUCGAAGGUACUCGCUAUCGACGCCCUGGCUCCUCCCGCCAACCGACGCCAAUUGAUGAGUUUUUUAGGCAUGGUAGGGUAUUACCGCAGUUUUUGUCCGAAUUUCUCCUCCGUCGUGGCACCACUCACUAACUUGCUGAAAAAAGGGCAACCGUUUGAGUGGACGGCCGUUUGUCAGACCGCUUUUGCAAAAGCCAAGGCAUUCCUCACUUCUGAGCCUCUACUAGCCGCACCGCGCCUUGACCGUCCGUUUAAAUUACAAGUAGACGCCAGUAAGGUCGGAGCUGGGGCUGUUCUACUUCAGGAUGAUGUCAAUGGAGUAGAACACCCUGUUUGCUACUUCUCUCGUAAAUUUAAUUCUUACCAAUUACAUUAUUCUACGAUAGAGAAGGAAGCUCUGGCGUUGGUUUGGGCUCUGCAGACAUUUGAAGUGUAUCUUGGUGGUAGUGCCGAACCCAUCCACAUUUACUGUGACCAUAACCCGUUGGUUUUCUUACAGUCCCUACAGAACCCAAACCAGCGACUCAUGCGUUGGAGUCUAUUCCUGCAGCCCUAUAAUUUGCGCAUCACCCACAUCAAGGGCCGAGAGAACGUCACCGCGGACCCACUAUCUCGUUCUCCCGCCCCUUAGGAUGACUUGAUGGGUCCGGCUAAUGUUAUCUGCGUUAGAUUGGGUUCGGUCGACUACCGGAUUAGAUAUUCAGUUUAGUAGUGUGCUGUUUAGAUGUUUAUUUGUUUUUGUUGUGUUGCCUAACUAGCCUGGGUGGGAUGUUGAUCAAUUUGACAUUUGACUGAUGCUAACAGUGCUGUUGAUGCAGAGAGAAUUCUGAAGUUUUUAUGGGGGGAGGUGUGAUGCCCCUGGCAUCUUAAAACACAGAUGACUAAUUUGCCUCUCUCAGCUGACAGGGAGUGAGCCCGAGGGCGGGGCCUGGAUGAUUGGAAGCGGCCGCACCUGCGCUACUGCCUACUAAAAGCCUCCAGUUCCAACUACCACUCUCUCUCGGCACCCAGGCAUCCACGCUGCUGUCUUUUUUCUUUGUUUUGGACUUCUUGAGAUGUAACAUGCAACACGCAUACACCACAUUACAAUCAUCCAACACCCGUUCUCACUACACCACUGAUUACUGAUAAAUCCCAUCCACCCACUAGUCUAGUUUUGUCUAUGGAUUGGUUGCUAAUAAUAAAUCAAAGAAACGCUGAUUACACGUCUCUG